GUACAGUUGGUGCCUCAUUAUGAUGCAGCCUUUUUCUAUGACAGUCCCCAUUGAAAAUUCUGAUUUGGAUGAACUUCCUGAAAGUUUGUGGGCAAAACACAAAUAUGAUGUGGGACUUAUUAAAGGUUGUGAACCUGUUGUAAUAACUCCUAAAUCUGACUACAGGCCCUGUCAGAAACAGUACCCAUUAAAACCUGAAGCUGUGUCGGGGAUCCGGCCAAUUUUUGACUCCUUAUUGGACGCUGGAGUUAUUGUGCCGUGUCCAAAUUCACCUGUGAGAACACCUUUGUUUCCAGUGAAAAAGAUUCGUCCUCAAGGAACUCCAGAUGAAUGGAGAUUUGUACAAGAUUUACAAAUGGUUAAUCGAAGUGUAAUAGCCAGAGCUCCUUUAAUGCCAAAUCCCCAUACUAUUUUGUCACAUAUACCAUCAAAUGCUACACAUUUUUCCGUGGUUGACUUGUCAAAUGCUUUCUUCUCUGUGCCUGUACACCCAGACAGCCAAUUUUGGUUUGCUUUUGAGUUUGAUGGGAAGCCAUACACCUUUACUCGCUUGUGUCAAGGCUACACAGAAAGUCCAACUAUUUUCAAUAGUGCUUUGAAACAAUCUCUUGAUGAUCUGCACUUAAGUGAUGGCUCAGUGCUUCUGCAAUAUGUAGAUGACCUUUUAAUYUGCAGYCCAAAUGAGAAGCAAUGURGGGAGGAUACUUUGAAAUUGUUAUAUCACCUGAAUGAAAAGGGUCAUAAGGUCUCUCGUUCAAAAUUGCAGUAUGUGAGGGAACAGGUUAUUUUUCUGGGUCAUAUUAUUACUAAAAAUASCCAUUCACUSUCUCCUCAGCRAGUUGWAGCUGUYCAGAAAAUUCCAAAACCAAGAACAAAGAAACAAAUGAUGUCAUUCUUGGGAAUAACUUCCUACUGUAGGAAUUUCAUUCCUAACUACUCAAAUCUUGAGGCUCCACUUUCUUCUCUGAUUUAUGGGUGUGGCCUCACAGCUCACAGCAUCAUUGCCUGGACACCGGAAGCUGAGGAAGCGUUUGAGGUGUUGAAAAGGACACUACUUAGUGCUCCUGCUUUGGCUCUGCCUGACCCUAACAAGCCAUAUGUGCAGAUGGUGGAUGAAAAGGGGGGAUUCAUGUCAUCUGUUUUGUUGCAAUCACACGGUGACAAGCUCCGUCCUGUGGCCUACUACUCUUCUAAGCUUGAUCCAGUUGCAGCAGGACUUCCUGGCUGCCUCCGAGCUGUGGCUGCAGCAGAGAAAGCUGUUUUAGCCUCACGUGACAUUGUAGGCUACAGCCCCUUGACUGUUCAUGUUCCUCAUUCUGUUUCCAUUAUCUUGCUUGAACAAAAAACAUCACAUCUUUCUGCAGCACGUUGGCUUCGUUACUCAUCUAUUUUGUUAGAUAUGCCAAACAUUACAGUUAAACGCUGUACUGUACUGAAUCCAGCCACACUGUUGCCAACAGAGGAGGAUGGAGAGCCACAUGACUGCUCCUCUGUUUUAAACAUUGUCUGUACACCACGACCUGACUUAACAGACAUGCCUCUUGCUAACCCUGACUUUGUUUUCUUUGUGGAUGGUUCCUCCUUCAGAUCAGAUACGGGGAUAAAUCAUGUGGGCUAUGCUGUGUGUACUGAAUUUGAAAUAGUUUCUUCUGGGCCGCUUCCGCCACACUUUUCAGCACARACAGCUGAGCUUGUGGCACUAACAGAAGCAUGUAAAUUGGCAAAAGGCAAGCGUUUAACAGUUUAUACGGACUCAAGAUAUGCAUUUGGAAUAGUUCAUGAUUAUGGARCAAUUUGGAAACAUCGUUCCUUUUUGAAAUCAGAUGGGAAAUUUAUCUUAAAUGCCACCCAGGUAGCAGAGUUAUUAGRUGCUAUUCUGCUUCCCAAAGAAAUAGCUGUUGUGAAAUGCUCUGCCCACACAGGCYUCUCUGACUUUGUUUCUAGAGGGAAUGCAGCUGCAGAUGCUGCUGCAAAGGCCGGUGCAUUAAAACCAUUACAUGUCUGCUCCACUAACCUUUGCCUACCCUCACCUUCAGAGGUCACAUUGCAUGAAAUGCAGUCCUUUUCAACUGAUGCUGAGAAGCGUAUCUGGAGGAAAGAUGAUUGUGUUUACACAGAUGAUGGGGGAUGGUGUAGKUUGGAUGGAAGACCAUGCCUACCAAAACAUUUCUUUCCCUGGUUUGCUAAGUGGGCACAUGGCUUAGAUCAUGUGUCGAAAACUGGAAUGCUUGCGGCAGUAAAGCAAAGAUGGUAUACAAAAGGUUUUUCUGUGACGGCAGAAAAUUUUUGUAAGAAAUGUCACAUUUGUGCAGCUCACAAUUCAACUAGAACUUUAGUGAUCCCACAAGCAGCACAUUCACCUCCAGAUUGGCCAUUUCAGCAUUUGAUGAUGGAUUUUAUUGAACUAACACCUUCUGAAGGGAAAAGGUAUUGCUUAGUGGUGGUAGAUAUGUUUUCUAAGUAUGUUGAGGCCUUCCCCACAAAAAAAGCAGACAGCAGUGCUGUAGCAAAAGCUUUGUUGACAGAAAUUAUUCCUCGAUGGGGAAUACCUGACCUUAUUUCAAGUGAUAAUGGAACACAUUUUGUAAACCAGGCGUUAAAAGACAUAAGCACAUUGUUUGGGUUUAAAUUAAAGACACACUGUGCGUAUCAUCCACAGUCAGGAGGAGCUGUAGAACGUGAGAAUGGCACGCUUAAAAACAAAUUGGCAAAAUGUUGUGAAGAAACAGGAUUGUCCUGGCCAAAAGCUUUACCCUUGGUUUUGAUGUACAUGAGAAUGAGGACUAGAGCAAGAGCURAUCUAAGCCCUUUUGAAAUUUUGUUUGGUAGACCUGCAACAACUGGAGGAGAAACCAGCAAAAAUAUGUACAUACUAACUACUAAUACCAUGGAAAAUAGUAUGUUAGAGUAUUGUAAGUCUCUGUCACAGUCUCUCUCUGUGUCCCACCAGGCCGUGAAAGCUGCCCUUCCUCUUGUGGCUGAUAAACCUUUACACCCUUUUAAACCUGGCCAGUGGGUUUUGGUGAAGGACACACGCAGACGGCACUGGAAGUCCAGACGGUGGUUGGGGCCUUAUAUCAUCCUGCUGACUACACACACUGCAAUAAAGGUCGAAGGACGAGCUGCCUGGAUUCACGCCAGCCAGUGUAAACUGCUCACCGCAGGACCACCAUCUGAGGGUCCAGACAAAGGAGACGACAGAACCCCCUCCUAAGGAGGGGUUUCCAACGACUGCUCACCUGUCUUAGUAACAGGGCGGCGUGAAGCGCAGAGCCACCCAGGAAGGGGCAGCAGGAUUCCAGGAUUUGUUUUUGUUUUUGUGGUGUUAAGAAAGAAGAAAAGAAACACCUAACAAGUAAGAUGCAGUUACAUGGGAAAUGGAAAAGAUUGUGGAUACUGAUUGGGUUUUCCCUAUUAGUAACCAUUCCCAUUUCAAUUUGGGAAACUGCAUCCCGACGGCAGGCAGAAAAUGAAACUUCUGUUGCGACAACAUCACCUUUGGUUAGAAUGAAGAGAGAAGCUAACCACAACAUUGAUCAUCACGGGCCGGAAGACAACGCAUGGUGGGCAAUUGCGAAGACAAUGACGAGGAGAGUUACGAAUUCCAGCUGUGUAGUUUGUUCUAUAAUUCCGCAUUCUAUUCCAACCAGUCCACUGCUGUUACCAGCCCCUGCAACAUUGACUGAGACUUUAGCAGUAUUCCUAGCUAUUGUUUCAAAUAUUGCUCAGGUCAGACGUGUGUAUCCGUGGACAUCAAGUGUGAAGAUAGGUCCCAUAAGGAAACCGGGACAUUUUUCAACCCAAACUAAUGAUACCUGUGUAAAAUCUGGGACAAUUCAUCAAUUUCGGGGACAAGAUCACCCUUAUCUAACACCAGAAAUAUGUAUCUUCCAACCAUAUGACAUGGGUGUUCCUUUAGGAAUUUCCAAAGGCUGUAAAAUUGUUUUGAAAUCAUCCUGUUCAGGUAUGAGGCCUUGUGAUGACUUAAAGCCAUAUGCAGCACAGGAUGAUCCUGGUAUUCCUAACUUGGUUUUACUGAAUUUUACUGCUUUUCCUAAUGGUUCUAGGUUUAAUGGAAAUAAUUCUGGUGAAAUAAUUACAACUGGUUGGGCUUCUAUACCUAGCAUGAAUGGGUAUGGGUGUCCUAAGAACAUGGUGUGGGUGUGUGGUUACCGUUCUUAUUUGUAUCUACCUGUAAAUUGGUCUGGUAUUUGUUAUUUAGCUCAUCUUGUUCCGGCUCUUUCGUUCUUUCAGGAUGCAGAUGAAAUCCCUAAGCGUAACCUCUUACAUCGUUUAAAACGUCAGCGUAUCUCUAAAUCAAGAGCAGUUGCUGGUGCAUUGUUCGCACCAUAUGGAACGACAAUUACCGUCCGUGAGAUAAAUAAAAUGUCCUUUGAGUUGGAAAAUCUCACAGCUUUAGUGGAGAAGGGAUUCUCUAGCUUAAGUGAGGAGAUGCAGGCUGUGAGAACCAUGUUGUUACAGAACCGGAUAGCUUUGGAUUUUGUUUUGGCAGAAAAAGGAGGGGUGUGUCAUAUAAUAGGUGAACAAUGUUGUACUUUUGUGCCAGAUGUAUCAAAUAACAUGAGCAAUAUACAUGUUGAGUUGUCAAAACUUUUGAAUAGACAGAAAGAAGAAAAUUCUGGUUCCUCCUGGAAUAUGUGGGAUUGGUUUGGUUCCGGGGGUUGGACAGCAUGGUUGAGUAAAUUAGGAAUGUUUUUUGGAAUGAUUUUUAUGAUAUUGAUGUUGUUAUCCUGUUGCAUAAUCCCAAUGGUAAAAUCAUUAGUACAAAGGCUGAUAUCUACAAGUUUUGUUAGGAUAAAUGCAGAAUGCUCAACGUUGGAGCCCGCUGCACUAGCGAGUGAUGACACCGUAAGUGUAGUGCAAGAGGACAGUUUUUAUGAAGACUGAUUUCCAUUUAUGAUGUGUUUACUUAAACCGUCAGGGGUGUAAAUGCUGAUGUACUGUGGAAAUUUUGCUUUCAUUUGUUUGUAUCCUGUUUGCAUUUGCAGAGUUUGCGACUGAGGUGUUUUCUGUUUGAUGUUCUUUUUAGCUUUUGUUUUCUUAUUUUUUAUCUACCUUUUAUUUUUUGUGUGACUGCUUUUUAUGGAAAUUUUCUAAGCAGUGAGUGAUUUUGUAAUCAAAAGGGGGGAAUGUGAUAGAAAAUUUUGUUUUUAGUCUUACUUCAGUCUUGAUGGAACUGAUGAUACUUUUUACCAUUUAUUUACUGAUUAUAUCUGCUGUAUUUUGUAUUUCUGUAAGAUGUGUUUUUCCAUUAAAUAAGUUUGCAGAUAAUGUUUAGAUGUUUCUGCAGCCAUGAGAUCUGAAGAUAUCUUGGGUAAAAUGCUUGAUCUGAUAAUUGUCUUAAAGCACUGAUGUGUGGAAUGUAGUUUGUACUCUGUUUGACCUGACCCCAUGAACUGACAAAGAAGUGUUAGAAGUUCCUUCUGACAUCCUUAUCAGAUCUCCAUCCUGCCAUAAAAUCAUCUCCUCCAAGAGGUGUGAGAUAGUUCAUGAGGAGGGGAUCAGGGUGUCUCUGUGGCCAUCUGGCAGUAGAGAUAACAUCAGACUUUGGGAGGGUCUUUGCCUUGCUGUGACUAUAUAACGAUGUGAUGUGUGUUGUUCAGGGCUCUUCUCCUGACUGCGCUCAGUGAGACGGGUCUUCGAACGCUUUUGCCUUCGAAUAAAGAAACUUAAAGACAAAGA